AUGUUUAAUUUUUCAAAAUUAUCAAGUAAAUAUUUAAUACCAUCAUUACAAAAAAGUCCAAUAAUUGGUAAUUUAGGAAAUAGUAAUAUAAGUAAUGUUGUAGUUGAAAGUAGUAAAUUAAGUUCGGGUACAAGUGGAUAUUAUACAGGUGGAGCACCACUUCCACCACCACAAUAUUGGGGUCUUGGUGCAGGUGCAGGAUCAAUGCAUUCUGAUCCAUAUAGAAUGAAAGCAACUACAAUUUUAUCAGUUAGAAGAAAUGGUAAAGUUGUUAUUAUUGGUGAUGGUCAAGUUACACUUGGUCACUCGAUUGUCAAACCAAAUGCAAAAAAGAUUAGAAAGUUAUCAGAUGGUAAAAUCAUUGCAGGUUUUGCAGGAUCAGUUGCAGAUGCAUUUACACUCUUUGAAUUAUUAGAAAGAAAAUUAACAGAACAUCGUGGUUUACUCUUAAAGAGUUGUGUUGAAUUAGCACAACAAUGGAGAACUGAUAAAUACUAUAGAAGAUUGGAAGCAUCAUUAAUCGUAGCCGAUAAAGAUAUCACAUUAAAUAUCGAUGGUAAUGGUGACGUUUUAGAACCAAACGAUGGUAUCCUCGCAAUUGGUAGUGGUGGUGAUUUUGCAUUAUCUGCUGCUCGUGCCCUCCUAACCGUACCAGAUUUAGAUCCUGAAGAAAUCGCAAGAAGAUCAAUGAAAAUUGCAGCUGAUAUCUGUAUCUAUACAAAUCAUAAUUUCAUCUUGGAAGUAAUUGAUAGUAACAAUGAAAAUAAAGAUAAUUUAAAUCCAAUUAUUGAUGGUUCUGGUGAAACAACAACAACCACCGAUUCAAAUAAUACAAAUAAUACAAAUUCAAUCACUGAUUCAAUAACCUCAUCAACUUUAUCAACAACUUCUUUCCCUGAUCAAUCAAAUCAACAAAAUCCUACUACAACUAAUCCAAUUACAAAUGAAACUGAACCUUCAAAUCCUAAUCAAUAA